AUGGGCUGCACGGCGUCGAAGCUGGACAAUGAGGACACGGUGCAGCGGUGCAAGGAGCGCCGCCGCCUUAUGAAGGAGGCCGUCUACGCCCGCCACCACCUUGCAGCCGCCCACUUCGACUACUGUCGCGCCCUCCGCAUCACCGGCUCUGCCCUCGCCACCUUUGCCGCCGGCGAGCCCCUCUCCGUCUCCCACCACGCUCCCGCCGUCCUCCUCCGCAACCCCUCUUUCACCGCCUCCGCCAACCCCCCGACCUUCGUCUCUCGGACUCCAGCUUCUCAUCCUCCCCACCGCCCAACCCCCGCGGCCUCCUCCGUCUGGAACUGGGACAACUUCUACCCUCCACCAUCCCCUCCAAAUUCCGAACAUUUCCAACAGCUCCAGAACAAGAAAAACCCUAAGCCCCAAAUCGAUUUCAACAACUCCGACUCAGAAAUCGACGAUCCCUACUCCGAUAACGAUGAUAAAGCUUCGAGCUUCACAUCUUAUUCAAACCCCCACAAACAGACAAAUCAAUAUAAAAACCCUUUCAGCAGCGAUCAUGGUAAGGACCCCCUAGACGACCGUGCGUCUAAUUACUCGUCUUUUUCCCGCUACUCGGACAAUAGCUACGCAAGAAAAGGCCCGGUUGUGAAGAAAGGCUUGAACUUGAAAAGAUGGGAAAAUGAGGAGACUGAGAGAGAAGAAGUUGAGUGCAGUGAGUGGGGGGACCACGACCACUACAGCAGCACAAGUAGCUCGUCUGGUGAGGAGGAGAGGGAGGAUUUGAAGUCAAGAUCCGAUUUUGGGGGCCGUUCGGAUUUUAGGUCGGUGAAAAAUGAGGGCAGUUAUGUGAAGCCAGCUAGUGUGGGGAGCUUUAAGAAUGGGAAUGUGAAUUCCAAGUUCUCGAGCAAGCUGGAAAAGCUGUCGUCUUUGGAUGAUGAUAUUGAUGGCAAGUCUUCAGUUAGUUGGGGGGAUGUGAAUGAUGAGAAGGCGAAUUCUGAGCGUAGGAUUGUAGUGAGGCACAAGGAUCUGGUGGAAAUUGUGGCGGCUAUAAGGGAGUAUUUCGAUAAGGCAGCAUCUGCUGGAGACCAGGUCUCCGAGAUGCUCGAGACGGGCCGGGCCCAGCUUGACAGAAGCUUCAAGCAGCUGAGGAAGACUGUGUAUCAUUCUAGUGGAAUGUUGAGCAACUUGAGCUCGAGCUGGACCUCAAAGCCUCCUCUGGCUGUUAAAUAUCGGUUUGAGCCGAGUUCAAUCGAGCAACCUGGUGGUCCGAAGAGCCUCUGCUCCACUUUGGAACGUCUCUUGGCGUGGGAAAAGAAGCUAUAUCAAGAAGUGAAGGCAAGAGAGGGAGUGAAAAUCGAGCACGAUAAAAAACUGUCCUCUCUCCAAAGCCAGGAAUAUAAGGGUGAAGAUGAGGCCAAGCUGGACAAGACAAAGGCAGCAAUAAAGAGGCUUCAAUCUCUAAUUAUGGUGACAUCUCAAGCUGUUUCGACUACUUCCUCUGCUAUUAUCGGCCUCAGAGACUCUGACUUGGUCCCACAACUUGUCGAGCUUUGUCAUGGGUAAUGCACAAUCACACGAGUAAUUCUUUUAUGAGUAUCUUUUAUGAUAUCAUCAAAUUCAACCAAAAAAAAUAAAAAAAAAUGGAAAGUAAUUCUUCGAUGAGUAUCUUUGCAUGAUGUCAUCACAUUUUCGUGAUUAUAAAAAACGAGAAUCUCUAUGAACCUUGAACUGUGUUUGAAUCUUUGUAUGAUAUCAUUAUUAUCAUCACAUCCAACAAAAAAAAUAAAAAUUCACAGGUUCAUGUACAUGUGGCGAUCGAUGAACCAAUUCCACCAAGUCCAGAACGACGUGGUCCAGCAGGUUCGUGGGCUGGUCCAACAGGCCAACAAGGCCCAGUCCACUUCCGACCUUCAUCGGCAGGCCACACGCGACCUCGAAUCCGCCGUCGCCACCUGGCACUCCUCAUUCUGCCGCCUCGUCAAAUUCCAGCGCGAUUUCAUCCAAUCCCUCCACGCCUGGUUCAAACUCACUCUCAUCCCCAUCAAUAACGAACACCAAAACAACAACAACAAUAAAGACCCGAUUUCAAACUCAUUCGCCUUUUGUGACGAAUGGAAACUUGCCCUCGACCGAGUCCCCGACACUGUGGCCUCCGGGGCCAUCAAGAGCUUCAUCAACGUUAUCCACUCGAUCUCGUUAAAGCAGACAGAGGAGAUUAAAAUCAAGAAAAGGACCGAAAGUUCGUCCAAGGAGCUCGAGAAAAAGGCAUCGUCUUUGAGGAGUAUCGAGAAGAAGUAUUAUCAUUCGUAUUCUAUGGUGGGGAUUGGGCUUCCGGAUAAUGGGCCUGAUGGUGGGGCAGGCCUGGAUGCUCGCGACCCGCUUGUGGAUAAGAAGGCUGAGCUGGCGGCGUGCCAGAGGCGGGUGGAGGACGAGAUGCAGAGGCACUCAAAGGCGGUGGAAGUGACUCGGGCCAUGACGCUCAAUAAUAUUCAGACGGGCCUGCCGGGGGUUUUCCAGGCCAUGACGAGCUUCUCGGGCCUCAUGAACGAGGGGCUUGAGACGGUGUGUAAUCGUGCAUAUGAUAUUUAAUAUGAAAUGCUAUUAUUAUUAUUAUAAUUUUUUUUUUGUAUGUGUGUGUGUGUGUGUGUGGAGUUUGAAGCAAGUAUAUGAUAGAAAAAAAGGGAAGGAAUUUUGUUUUAAUUUUUU